AAAAGGGCACAGGGACAGAGCACCUCCAUCCACUCACCUCCUGUGGUGUACAGAGCUUCUGUGUUCCUGUGACUCCGCUCGUGAACUCCUGCUCACCUACCAAGAUGUCAUGCCAGCAGAACCAGCAGCAGUGCCAGCCGCCUCCCAAGUGCACCCCCAAGUGCCCUCCCAAGUGUCCUACACCAAAAUGCCCCCCAAAGUGUCCCCCUAAAUGCCCCCCAGUCUCUUCCUGCUGCAGUGUCAGCUCUGGUGGGUGCUGUGGCUCCAGCUCUGGGGGCUGCUGUGGCUCCAGCUCUGGGGGCUGCCGCAGCUCCGGGGGUGGUGGCUGCUGCCUGAGUCACCACAGGCCCCGCAGGUCCCACCGCCACAGACACCAGAGCUCUGGCUGCUGCAGCCAGCCCUCCGGGGGCUCCAGCUGCUGUGGCGGGGGCAGCAGCCAGCACUCUGGAGGCUGCUGCUGAAGUGGACUUCACUUCCUCCUCUGUCUGAGGCUGCAUGAAUGGCUGAGAGGUCCAAGCAAAAGUUGAGCUCUGGCCUGGGGCAUCACCCUGGCCUUGUAUCCAGAAGUCUAGACUGUUCUCCUAAAAAUAUUGGAAGCUUCCUUACCCUCUCCUAUGGCAAUGUAUUCUGUGGCCUGAACUGGAAUGAUUAAAAUCUGGAACUCUUCCCCAA